ACGCACGCUCCUUCCUGGCAACGAGGUGCCCAGGAGAGGAGCUGGGGAACCAGGGUGCACGGAGGUUGGGAGCUGGGGGGACAAGAUGGCCCCGCAGAGACCUGUGCAGCUGUCCCUGAAGAAGCCCACCUAUGCCGUGUGUGUCGUGGGAGUCGAAACGUAUGUGGAUGUUCACAGUGAUGUGCCCAAGGGCGCUGAGACCUUCGGGGUCUCUGGGAGCUCCGGGGUGGAGGUCUUCAUGGUCUACGACCCGGCACGGGUGGCAGAGCCCACGGGCAAGGCCCGCUGGCCCCUGGACGCCCGUGUGGACGUGAUCGUAUCUGUGGACGCAGCCAGUAAGGCUUUAAAUGAUCUCAAGGUGAAGGUCUCCUACUUCGGGCAGCAGGAGGGCAGUGCCCUGGGCCACAGUGUGCUGUACCUCACAGGUGCCGACAUCUCCCUUGACGUCGACGCGGGCCGAACGGGCAAAGUGAAGAGGAGCCAAGGUGACAAGAAAACCUGGCGCUGGGGCCCUGAGGGCUCUGGGGCUGUCCUGCUGGUGAACUGUGACCGGGACAGUCUCUGGUCCAAGGGGCUUGACCUUGCCAACACCCAGCUGACAUCACUGGAUGACCUGCAGGACAUGUCCCCAAUGGUGCUGAGCUGCGGGGGCCCCGAGGAGCUCUUUGACAACCACAAGCUGGUCCUGAGUGUGCCAUUUUCUGAUUCCAAAAGACUGGGUGUCUUCUGUGCUAGGGGUGGGACUUCCCUCUCGGACUACAAGCAGGUGCUGGGCCCCCAGCACCUGUCCUACGAAGUGGAGCGGCAGCCGGGGGAGCUGAAGAUCGACUUCUAUGUGGAGGGGCUCACCUUUCCUGACGCUGACUUCUUGGGGCUGAUCUCUCUCAGCGUCAGCCUGGUGGACACCAAGACCCUGCCAGAGGUGCCCCUCUUCACAGACACCGUGGCCUUCCGCAUGGCCCCCUGGAUCAUGACCCCCAACACCCAGGCCCCCCUGGAGCUGUAUGUGUGCAGUGUCGUGGAUGCUCAUGGCUCAAAUGAGAAGUUUCUGGAUGACAUGUCCGACCUGGUGUUGAAAGCCAACUGCAAGCUGAUUGUCUGCCCUCAGAUUGAGAAUCGAAAUGACCGCUGGAUCCAGGACGAGAUGGAAUUUGGCUACAUCGAGGCCCCUCACAAAUCCUUCCCAGUGGUCUUUGACUCUCCCAGGAACAGAGGACUGAAGGAUUUCCCUUAUAAGAGGGUCCUGGGUCCUGACUUUGGAUAUGUAACCCGGGAAACCCAGUACGCUGGUGCCUCUGGCCUUGACUCCUUCGGCAACCUGGACGUCAGCCCGCCGGUCACGGUGAAUGGCAAGGAAUACCCUCUGGGCCGGGUCCUCAUUGGAAGCAGCUUCCCCAGGUCUGGUGGGCGGCGAAUGGCCAGGGUGGUGCGCGACUUCCUUCAUGCCCAGCAGGUGCAGGCGCCCGUGGAGCUCUAUUCAGACUGGCUCUCUGUGGGCCAUGUAGAUGAGUUUCUGAGCUUCGUGCCCACUUCUGAUCAAAAGGGCUUCCGGCUGCUCCUGGCCAGCCCUAGUGCUUGCCUCAAACUCUUCCACGAGAAGAAGGAGGAGGGCUACGGGGAGGCAGCCCAGUUUGAUGGGUUAAAGCACAAGGCGAAGAGAAGCAUUAAUGAGAUGCUGGCAGACAGACACCUCAGGAAUGACAAUCUCUAUGCACAGAAAUGCAUCGACUGGAACCGGGAGAUGCUGAAGCGGGAGCUGGGCUUGACGGAGCGGGACAUCGUCGACAUCCCCCAGCUCUUCAUCCUGAGGGGCUCCCUCGCGGAAGCCUUCUUCCCUGACAUGGUGAACAUGGUGGUCUUGGGCAAGUACCUGGGCAUCCCCAAGCCCUUCGGGCCCAUCAUCAAUGGCCGCUGCUGCCUGGAGGAGAAGGUGCGCUCCCUGCUGGAGCCACUGGGCCUUCGCUGUGUCUUCAUUGAUGACUACUUGUCCUACCACGAGCUGCUCGGGGAGAUCCACUGCGGCACCAACGUGCGCCGGAAGCCCUUUCCCUUCAAGUGGUGGCACAUGGUGCCCUGAGUCUGCUCCCCACCCUCCAUCCUCGCUGCCCACCUCCUGGGUGACCCCACCAGGGCGAGGAACCUCCACCUGGCCUGCAUCCCCACGAGUGCCUACAGACGUGCUGGUCGCCAUAGGUACCAGGAUGCUGGGAUGGACAGUACACACCCUCACCUCUGGAGUGGCCUACCCAGCUCGAGAAGGCUCACCCUCGUUCUUCUCGUUCCUCUUCCCAUCCACAACCCCCAGGGGUUCUGAAAAAGGUCAACAGCCUUAGCACAUUCAAGGAUGGCUGUGUGUGGCCUCGGCACCCCAGUUGGAAUCCCUCCCACCCCACUCCUCUGCCCCCCCAUUUGACACUUCCUCGUGUUUGCACCAGGAAUGGGGCCUACAGGGCCUGGGCCUCGGUGUGAGGGUCUGGGGUCUAGGCCCCUGUUGGCUCUUUAAGACCAGGAAGGGGGGUUUGAGGCAUCCACUUUCCUCUGCCAGCUGUAUUCUCCUGCAGGAGACCCCCGGGUUGUGACCUCCUGGCACCCCUCAGCCAUAUUGACACAGGCAAAUGAGGACAGAAAAACUCAGCAUCUGAGGGCUUAUUUAAAAAAAAAAAAAUAG